AAUAGCGUUGUUCCUGACAAUUCCGACGAUGAGUGAAACUUAGAUCCCAUAAAUUGCGUGGUGGAAUUACAUUCUCUCGUCAAAAUUGGACCGAGCCGAUGGCCAUAAAUGUACGGUGGCCUUAAAUUCUUCGACCCAUUAUAUGGCCAUAAAUGGUGGAGUCGUUGCCUCAAACUCAAAAUAUGCACUCACAUUCGUAACCAGAACCCGCGCGAUCUCGUUUACAAUGAUCAUAUAAAUGCUCAUUAUCGUCGUCGUGAGGUUUCCAUCUUAACCAGCGCUGGACAGUAGAGAGAGAGAGAGAGAGAAAGAAAGUCAUCUCCCUCCUGCGAUCCUGUCAUUAAAAGCACGAUUACAAGACGACGAAACAUCGAGCGGGUUUCCUCAGGACAAAACUCACCCUAGCGUAGCCAACAGAGAAAGAAACGCCAAAGCGUGAUCUUCAUCCUCAGAUGAACAGCAAUGCCUCCUUCAAAGCCAUCAUCCUCUCCUUCUUCCUCAUCCAAAUCCCCACCUUCCCCUCCUCUCUGUUUCCCUCUCCAAUCCCCCCACUUCACUCCCAUCCAAGAAUGCCAACGAGAAGAAGAAGAGGAAGACGCUAACGGUGUCAAGGAACCGACCCCCCGCGCGCGGGCGACGCCGGCCACUCCGAAGCACCACCACCAGCCGACGCCGCUGCACCAUGCCCACAGGAGCGGCAAGCCCCCGAGCAAGAAGCGGCAGGAGCCGUCCGGCGGCGACGACAUGUCGGUGUCGUGCAACAACUGCCGCCCGCACGCGCGCGAGCGGAUCUCCGUCGUCCCCCUCGACCACCGCGGGCACCACCACGGCCUGGGACGGCACUCGAUCCCGAGCCCCAACGGCAUCUUCAAGUCCAUCCUGUCCACGCUGACCAAGAGGAGCCCGCGGUCCAUCGACGCCGCGUCGUCGGCGGCCUCGUCCGUGAGGGAGGAGCAGUGGAAGAUCGCCCUCGCCGAGCUGUCCCACAAGCUGAUACAAACCACGAGGAAGCGGGACGAGGCGAUCCUGGAGGCCUCCAGGGUCAAGUACUCCAUGGCCGAGCUCGAGAAGAAGCUCAACAAGCUCGAGCUCUAUUGCCACAGCCUGAAGUCCGGCCUCGACGAAUGCAGCAACUCCCCCUAUCGUGCCUCCCGAAGCACCCGCCCUGUCAAUCCGAUCCCCACCUCUAACGACAAGGUCGUCGAACCCUUCCUCGUCGCGGUGUCGGAGGCUCGGUCCUCAGUCCGUUUACUGAGCCGGUCGCUCGCCAUGCAGCUCCGCGGCACGGGAGGCGGCAAGGUGCACGAGCGUGUCUCUCUCCUCCUCCAGCCUCACGACGUCAAGGCCGCCUCGCCGCCGUCGAGGAGCCCCCGGAGCCUGCUGGUCCACCUCGAGGCGCUCCUGAACAGGGCCUUCUUCGAGGACUUCGAGUCGGUCGGGUUCCAGAAGAGCGCGCCGAGCACGAUACUGAACCCGGUGGCUCGGUGCGAGGCCAACCUCACGUCGUUCAACGUGCUGUGCAGGUUGACGUGGGACGAGGUGUUGAAUAAAGGCACGAGGCAUUUCAGCGAAGAGUUUAGCAGAUUUUGCGAUAGGAAGAUGAGCGAGAUCGUGGCGAUGUUGGGGUGGACGAGGGCGUGGCCGGAACCGCUGCUGCAGGCCUUCUUCGGGGCGUCCAAGGGGGUGUGGCUGGUCCACCUGCUGGCGAACUCGGUCCACCCGGGCCUCCCGAUCUACCGGGUGGACACGGGGACCAGGUUCGACCCGGUUUACAUGGAUGACAUGGGCGCGGACAAGGCCCGGGACAGGCUAGUCCCGACCGAGGUCCGGAUCAUGGUCACGCCGGGGUUCUACGUCUACCGCCACGUGGUCAAGUGCAAGGUACUGUGCCGGUACUACAGUAGCGGUAGCCCAAACGGUAUGGUCAUUGAUGACAAGGACUCUGUAUCAGCAACCUCCCCUUAAAUGAUAGAUCAUGUCUGAAUUUUCGGAUUUGGGACAAUUCCCCUCUUUUUCACCCUUCAAAUUUUUUUUUUUUUUUUGUAGUUUAUUCUCUCUUUUUAAUAUGAUAAUAGCAGGGGACAUUUCAUGGAA